AUGAGUUUUAAAUCCACUUUUCAAAUGGGGGAAGAGAACGGAAGCCCUAAAUCUAUGAAUGGCGUCAGCAAAAGUGCUAAUGAAAAUAGUGCGGAUGAAAUUGACGAUCUCUUUGGAGGUGUGGGUAGUGACGAAGAACGAGAACGAGUAGGUUCUGGAGAUAUAACUCCAGUUGCCUCUCCAAUUGCCUCACCCUCUGAAGCAAUGUCGAAUGUAUUUCGCUUACCAUUAAAAAGUUGGAAUAAUAAGUACAUUGUCGCAAAAGUACCAAAUUUUUUUCACUAUACGACUGCCGCUUUUCGACCAGAAACCUAUAGUCAAGCAGAUGAUCAGACAGUCGAAGAUGCGAUAAAGUUAGGUGCACAAGAUGGAUUGCGUUGGCGAUACAAGAAGGAUCCAAAUACAGGUAUAGAGACUAAUGAAAAAGAAUCAAAUGCCAGGAUAAUAAAGUGGAGUGAUGGAUCAAAGACCCUACUUAUUGGAAAGGAACAAUUUGAAAUAUCUAGUGAAUCUCUAGAAUCAAAACACCAAUUUCUCACGGUUCCUCAUCGAGGAUCAAAUACGCUUGAGCUUCAUGAAAAGCUCAAUGAGCAUAUUACUUUCUGCCCUAUUUCAGGCAGCACUACUCAUAAGAAAUUAACCAUAGCCAUUCAAUCUAGGCAUGCAAAGCAAGUAAAAACUCAGUUUGUUGAUAUGAAUAAAGAUCCAAAAUUGAUUCGACUCCAAAUAGAGGCUGAAAGAGAUAAAAAACAUAAUGUUCAAAAGCGCAUGACAAAUGCGAAUCGCGCUCCCAAGGGACGUAAAAAGCAUGAUGAUGAUUCUGAUGCAGAAGAAAGAAAUCCUGCAUUUGGCGUUAGUAAACCGCGGAAUGAUUCUUACGAAGAUGACUCUGGAUUUGUGCGACGUCGUAAAGGAAAAGAGAAGAUUGAUAGCUCUCGUAAGAAAACAACAUCCAGCUUUGCGACAUCGAAAUCCAAAAAGCAUCGCUUUUAUGAUGACGAAUCAAAUGAUGAUCAAGAUGAUCCCUUUCAAAUGGAUGUCGAGCCGUCUUACGAGCAUCGCGAUCGUCAUGAACGAUCCAAAAAGCGAGUAAAAGAGCAUCAUUAUACUGAAGAAAUACCAAAAUCUCGAAGGAAUAAUAAUUUUGAGGAAUCAGAUGGUGAGAAUCAAGGAGAAUCCCAAGAUCGUAAUGAACACCAUAAGAAACGAAUAAAGGAGCAACAACGUAUCACUGAGGAAGAUGAAGAGAUUAACGUCGUAGAUCAAAUUCUUA